AUGGAUGAAAAUAUACUUCGUUCACGUCAAAAAGUAGCAAGUAAAAGUAGUGAUAAAACUUCCGAUCAAGAAGAAGAAAAGAUGUUAAUAAAAAAUCGAAAACAAAUUGCUGAAAAUUAUGAUUUUGGUGAUGUACAAAAAAUUCCAUCUAAUAUUGAAAAUAUUAUGGAGAAAAAUUUUUUGCGUAUAUUUAUUUGGGAAUUAUAUUUUGGAUAUAUUUUUUGGACAAUUUUUUUUGGUAUUGGUCCAAUGGUUAUGUUUUUUCCUAUGGUAAAAUUAGCUAUACAUGGUUAUGAAAUAUUAAUACUUAGUUUAGCAAGUCCAAUUAUACUUUGGCCGUCAUUAGUAAAUAAUAUUGCACAAAGUACUAUUGGAAAAUUAAUUACUCGUAUUAUAGUAAUUAUUAGUUUAUUAUCAUUUCAAUUAGAAGAUCCUCUAUUACGAUUAUUAAUACUUUCAUGGGGUACUUGCGCUGUUAUGAUUGAUCUUUGCACAAGUCUUAAUACACGAUAUUAUUCAUAUAGAUCAAUUGUUGUUUGGACAUUGACAAUUAGUUUUUUUUUCUUUCUUAGUCUUCGUAUUUGUUUUUUAAGCAUUAUGCCAGCAUGGUCAGGUGUUAUUGCAAAUUUAAUACAUUUUGUUAUUGGAGUUGGAGCAAUCAUUGAUCAAUUUGGAAGAGACAAUAUUAUGUGGCAAUUACUUCCAUCAAUAUCAUUUGAUUUAUCUUCAACAAAAUCCACACUUGGAGUGAAUCCAUUACGUUCAGCAUCACGUGAAAAUAUUUUACAACCAAAUUGGUUAUUAGUUGGUAUUGGAUUUGGUAGUUUAUUAUUUAAUCUUCAAUGGGUAUUUGGUGAUCUAUCAGUUGUUAGUCGAUGGGCUUCGAAUGGUUAUCCAAAUCAAGCACUCGAUCCAAUACCUUAUGGUCUUCUCAUAUUGUUUGGUUUAUUUUGUGGUAUUGUAAUAAUCAAUCGUCUUAAUAUAGUAACAAAUCGAUGGUGGGCAUCGAUAGGUUUUCUCGGUUAUGGUUUGUUAUAUUUCAGUCGUGGAAAUACUUCAUUUAUGGGUGGUUUUGCUCUAAGUAUAUUUAUUGGUUCAAUACUUCUAUUAUUAUUUGAUAAAAUAGCUCGUGGUCUUUCGGCACAUAUUGUUUUUAUUGCUGCUUUUGUAUAUAUUAUUCAAGUUAUUUAUGCUGUUUGGACAAGUGCUUAUAAUUUUGUUCCAUUUGGUGGAACAUUAACACGAGAAACAUCUCAUAUUUUAGUAUUCUUUAAUUUUCUUGGCAUUUAUUUUGGAGUUUAUACUGCUAAACAUAAUUUAGGAACGUAUAUACGUGGUCAUAUUUCGUCAAUAAAUUUACCAAAUCGUCAAAUUUGGUCAGCAUUUGGUAUUGCCUUUCUAAUUGCAUGUGUUGGUACAUUUUCACGUUUUCUUGCUUUACCAUCAACAUCAUUACGCAAAGCAGAAGAUCCAACUUAUCUUACUGCUGCUGUUUGGACAGUUCAUUUUGGUUAUGAUAAUAAUGCUCGUCCAAGUCUUGAUCGUGCUGCAUCUGUACUUGCCGAUACGAAUGCGGAUGUCAUUGGUCUUCUUGAAACAGAUACAGCAAAACCAUUUUUUGGAAAUACUGAUUUAACAUCUUAUUUAGGAGAAAAAUUACAUAUGUUUACAGAUUUUGGUCCAUCAACAAAAGAUCAUACUUGGGGAUGUAUUAUUCUUUCGAAAUAUCCCAUUGUUCGAUCAGUACAUUAUUUAUUACCAUCACCAGAAGGUGAACUUGCUCCGGCUAUUCUUGCAACAAUUCAAACAGCAAGCAAAUUAAUUGAUAUAAUUAUUGUUCAUAUGGGUAAUGAUCGAGAUGAUUUAGAUAGAAAAUUACAGGCUGAAACAUUACGAGAUAUUAUGAAAAAUAGUACUCAUCCAUUGGUUUUUCUUGGUUAUGUAACAUCGCAACCGUUUAGUCGUGAUUAUCGAACGUUAACAUCAGCUGCAAAAGAUAUUGAUCCAACAGAUAGAGAUCGAUGGUGUGAAUAUAUUUUAUAUAAAAAUUUAAUUCGUGUUGGUUAUGCUCGAGUGACUCAUGCAGGUUUGACUGAUACGGAAAUUCAAAUGGCUAAAUUUAAAAUUCCAACAAGUGAAAAAUUUGAUGAUCAUCCAGUUUUAGUUACUGAUCCAUCGGUUGUUACUGAUCAAUCACUUCUUUUUAAUUCAAAAUUUGGAUCAUUCUACAGAGGACAUGGUUAUUUUAAUACUCAUCGUUUUCAUAUGGAUACACCAAAAUAUUUUCUUGCACGUGAACAUCAAACCAAUUAA